AAUUUCGACCCGAUCCCCUCGUUCUACUGUCCAAAAAAGCACAACGCCUUCCAUCGCUCAUGUCGAAGCGCAGAUUGGCUGAGGAGGCUGCGGAUGAGCGCCACAUCAUGCGCAUCAUGCCACUGGGCGCGGGCAACGAGGUAGGCCGCUCGUGCAUCGUGCUCAAGUUUAAGGGCAAGACCAUCAUGCUGGACUGCGGCGUGCAUCCAGGUUACUCUGGCCACGGCAGCCUGCCCUUCUUCGACGGCGUGGAGGCCGAGGAGAUCGAUCUGCUGCUCAUCACGCAUUUCCACAUCGACCACGUGGCCGCAUUGCCGCAUUUUACCGAGAAGACAAACUUUAAAGGCCGCGUAUUCAUGACGCACCCCACCAAAGCUGUCAUGCAGAUGAUGCUACGAGACUUCUUGCGUGUAUCCAACAUCUCGGUGGACGAUCAGAUCUACGACGAUAAGGACCUCAACAACUGUGUCUCCAAGGUCGAGAUCAUCGAUUUCCACCAAGAAAUGAUGCACAACGGCAUCAAAUUCACGCCCUACAAUGCCGGCCACGUACUUGGUGCCUGUAUGUAUCUCAUCGAGAUUGGCGGCGUCAAGGUGCUCUACACUGGAGAUUAUUCACUGGAGAAUGAUCGUCAUCUCAUGGCAGCUGAACUACCAGCCUGUUCGCCCGAUGUGCUCAUUGUAGAGUCCACAUACGGCGUACAGGUACACCAGUCCGUGGUGGAGCGUGAGGGACGGUUUACUGGACAAGUGGAGGCGGUGGUGCGUCGUGGAGGCCGCUGUCUGAUCCCAGUGUUCGCUCUGGGACGUACACAGGAGCUGCUGUUGAUUCUGGACGAACACUGGCGCUCACACCCAGAUCUACAGGACAUUCCGAUCUACUUUGCGUCCAAGUUGGCUGCCAAGGCGCUGCGUGUGUACCAGACGUACAUCAACAUGAUGAACGACCGUAUCCGCAAGCAGAUCGCCAUCUCGAACCCGUUCCAGUUCGAACACAUCUCAAACCUCAAGAGUAUGGAUGAUUUCGACGACUCCGGUCCGUCCGUUGUGAUGGCCAGUCCUGGUAUGCUGCAGAGCGGCGUCUCUCGCCAGCUCUUCGAGCGCUGGUGCUCAGACAAACGCAAUGCUUGUUUGAUUCCCGGUUAUGUGGUCGAAGGUACGUUGGCCAAGAAAAUUCUAUCCGAACCGACCGAGAUUGCGGCGUUGGAUGGUCGUAUCAUUCCCAUGAACUGCACGGUGGAGUACAUUUCCUUCUCGGCACACGCAGAUUUCGUUGGAACCAGUGGAUUUGUGGAAAAACUCACGCCGCCUAACAUUGUGCUCGUUCACGGUGAGAAGAACGAGAUGAUGCGUCUGAAAUCAGCGCUGAACAAGAAGUUUAACGACCCAAAAGUCUACCAUCCGAGCAUCUCUACGCCAGCCAACAUGCAAGAGAUUGUACUCGAGUUUAAAGGUGAGAAGAUCGCGAAGGCUAUCGGAGGUUUGGCUAGUGAUCAGCCUAAGAAUGGUACAGUGAUCUCUGGUCUCUUAGUGGAGGUGGAUUCACAGACGCAUCUGAUGGACAAGGAAGACCUGUCGACGUACACGAAGCUCAUCUCGGGUACCAUUACGCAGAAGCAGCACGUGCCAUUCGAGUACAACUCGUUCGACGUGUUAAUCACGUUUAUCCGUCAAAUGUACGAGGAUGUGGUACAUUUGGAGAAGGAGAACCGCGUCGUGGUGUGCAAGCAGGUGGUCGUGACGCGCUGUGCUGUCGCUAAGGGCGCUACUGAGAAACUCGUGGUGGAAUGGACGUCUGCACCGACCGCCGAUAUGAUUGCUGACUCGGUGAUCGCUCUCGCUAUGCACGCACAGGCAAGUCCAGCUAGCUUCAAGCUGAGUAACCAGCCGACAGCUGCAUGCCCCCAUGACCACUCCAAGAAGACCGAAGCGAAUGGCAAGGACACAGUGAAGACUGAAGUAGAGAACUCCGUAGUGGAGAAACAAGAAGGGAACGAGGAUCCUGCAUCGGAUGACAAGAAGGAAGCGCACACUGAUCUUGAGAAGGCAGCGCGGGAGCUAGGAGAUGCUGACCAAGAUGCAUUGAACCUGUUGAUCGUGUUCCGUCUCCUGAAGGAUCAGUAUGGAGAUGUUGACUUGGACUUCGAGACCAACAAGAUUCACGUACGAACACCGAGCGGUAUUGACGCUGUGGUGGACCACGCCUCACAGGAAAUCGAGUGCAAGGACGCAGCGUUCAAACUCAAGCUGCAGACGACAAUCCGACGCAUCGAAGGUGCACUCAAACCCAUCGCGACCACGUGAGUUUGUAAGGUGUAGGCUAGCAGAGCUGCCUUACGAAAUAUAUUCAUUGCGCUCCUA